AGCGUUGACAGCCGCCGGCGUCACCAUGCUGCGAUCACCGGCCGCGUGAGCGACCGCCACCUGGGGCACUUCGCCCAACUGUGUCUCGACCAGUCGUGCGACCCCAUUGACGGCUGGCCCAGCUACGGCCAGAUGCUCGAGACCAUCAACCGCGCCAUCUCCGCCGAGCACCACAAGGUCUCGCUGGAACGCCGACGCCAAUGGGCCUCCUGCUUCUCGAAGUGGCCCGCCCAGCUGUGGAACAUGGCCACGCCCCGCUGCAAGCGAGCUCCGCCAGCCGCGGGCUUCGAUGCUGCUGGCACGCGGGCCGAGUGGGCCCCCGUCUGGAGCCCCGAUGACUACGGCUCGGACGCGAAGUCGGCGACGGAGCUCCUGCUCAUCAACGUCGCCGUGGCCUUCCUGAUCAGGGAGCUGUGCGACGUCUGGCUGGCCACCACCCGCAUGGCGGUGGAGUGUGGCGGCAUCCUACCCAGGCGCGUGUCCGACGCCAUCUUCGAGUGGCGUAUGGUCGCCACCCCAAAGAAGGAUGAGAACGAGAGCAGGCCCAUCAGCGUCGCGCCCUGCCCACUUCGAGCUUGGCUCACGGCCGCGGCGACCGCCCUCCAUCAGCCGACGGACUCCCAGUUCGCACGCAAGCAGGGCCUCGCCGUCAUCCAUGCAGCGUCGGCCUGGCUGGCCGAAGAAGCGUUGUUCGGCCUCGAGCUAGACCUGAGCAGCGCCUGCGACAACGUGGACCACGCCCUCGCCGCCGCCGGGCUUGCCGCGCAGGGCGCCCCAGAGGCGGUCAUCAACGUCUCCUUGCAUGCUUGGCGCGGGCCGCGCUACUGCGCCGUCAACUCCGAGGUGGCCCCCGCCCUCUGGACCCAGCGCCGGCUGCCGCAGGGCGAUAGCGUCGCCCCUUGCGCUAUUGUUGCGACCCUCGUGCUCUGGACGUGCUCGCCUGCGACUGGGUGGGCCUUCAUGGACGACCGCCCCAUCGCCUCCAUGACCGAGCCCGACCUCGCCGUCGGCCUCGAGCGCACCGCGCAGUUCGACUCCGACUUCGGCUACUCCGAGAACGCCGCCAAGUGCCCAUCCAGCCUCGAGGAGUUCGGGGCAAGCUACCCGCAGCAGUUCGAGUGCUUCAGAGUUUUCCUGGAGCUGCUGAUGUUCGAGAGCAGUUGCGCGAUGAACGCGAUUCGCUCGGUGAGGCUGCUGCCCAGCAAGCACUUCGAGCGCGCCUUGACUAGCUACUUCGAGGAGCUGGGCCUGGAGCGCUUGGGCCAUGACCCCGAGUGGGGCAUCAGGCUGGGGGUCGACAUGGAGGGCGGCCCGAGGAUCGCGAGCGCGACGGCAGCCUGCCGAG